CGCUAUUAACUGUACCCAAUACGGCUACACGUGAAUCAAUGGUAAAGGUUGUGCACGACUUAAUCUCUUUCGACAUUUGCAUGAAAUUCAGUCAGGAAGAACAUCUUCGAUUACAUAUGAAAUACUUGGUUUCAACGAUGCUGGAGAAGUAACCAACCAAACAAGUUCAGAUUUUGUCAAGUUUGAAAUCAAUUUUUUUUAAUUUUUAGAGUAUGAAUUAUAAAAAUUGUCGAACAGCAAAUGAAAUUUGUGAUCGAUCAACAAAAAUUAUUACAUUCAUCGAUCUUGCGGGACAUAAGAAAUAUAUGAAAACCACUGUCUUUGGCCUUGCUGCACUUCAUCCUGAUUUUGCUAUGUUAUGUGUUGAUGCACCAACAGGCAUUGUUGACACAACUCGUGAACAUUUAUCACUUGCCAUUACCUUGGGUCUACCAGUGUUUGUAAUCAUUAAUAAAAUUGAUGCGUGUUCAGAAGUAACUAUACAACAAACAAUUGAAUGUUUAACUUCAUUACUUAAACAUGGUGAUGGUUUCGUACAAUUUAAGCCAUAUUUUAUUCAAAACGAAGGUGAUCUUAUCAAAGCGGCGGAUAUUUUUGUCGAGAAAAACAUCUGUCCAAUAUUACCUGUAUCAUGUGUUACUGGUCAAAAUAUUGAUCUACUUAAAAAAUUUCUCAAUAUUCUUCCUCCACGUCUUAGCAGUAGUGAACAAGAAAUUCUCUCACAAUUACCUGUCGAAUAUCGCAUCGAUCAUAUUUAUACUAACAAUACAUCGAAUGAGGUUGUCGUCGGUGGUACGCUACGAAGUGGCACGAUUCAUGAAGGAGACAGUUUUCUAGUUGGUCCAAUGUCUGACGGUCGCUUUGUUCCAACAAAAGUAGCAACUAUUGAACGAUAUCGUGUACCACGACGAAUAGUCCGUGCUGGUCAAGCUGCUUCGCUCAGUCUUCUAGACAUUGAAAGCAGCCGAUUAAGAAAAGGUAUGGUUCUUGUUUCACCUGCGGUAAACCCAGAAGCAUGCUAUGAAUUUGUUGCUGAAAUCUCUCUCACUAUGCAUCAUACCAAUACACCAAUACAUAAAGGUUUCGAAACAACUGUACAAAUAGAAAAUAUUCGUCAAACAGCAGUUAUUAUCGAUAUGAAUAUAGAUGAAUUAUAUGCGAACGAAAAAGCUAUUGUAACAUUUCGAUUUAAGACACGAUGUGAAUACGUACUUGAAGAUGCACGUCUAAUAUUUCGAUCUGGUCAACAAACUAAGGGAAAUGGUCGAGUAAUCAAAGUAUUCUCUCAAAAUCAACAGAAUACAACGACUUGA